GUGUACGCUCGGGCGCCUUGCCGCAGAUCGAGCCAGCGGAAAGUGAGCGUAGUUUGUAACAGUGUGGCGAUCGUUUGGACUGCAUACAUACAGUGGAUAUAGCCCCGGUAAACUCGGUGCUGGAGGAGGGGCCGCUCACAUCUUUAUGAAAGAAAAGGGACGCAAAGAAGAAGCUUAAUAUUGACCCUCUGCGGAACAAAACCAAAAGCCAGCGCCGUGUGUCUCUCGUGCCGGACACAACGCGAGAGGAAUGCGGAUUCUACUUUAUCUGCGACUCCGGGUGUGAAUGUAGCGGCACCGCCGGCGCUCGCGCUGGUGAUACAACAUUACACAGCAACAGGGCCUAACGUUGCAUAUUUAUUUGUGUUGGGGCCCCGCAGCACCGGCCUUCGUGUUUGGUAGAAGAACCGCGUUCUGUGUCUCGACUGUAACCAGGAGGGGAAAACGACCCACAUCUGGUGGACUGAGCCGGAGCACUGCAAGCCGCUCCUGAGCUGCAACAUGGGGGAAUGAAGCAGGGUCUCGCAGCCAUGAAGACGCUGCCAUGUUGCGCGUGGCUGGGAACAUCUGCGCCGAUGGCAUCGCGUUCGCCGUGAGCUCACCAGCAGCGAUGCCCGUUCACCCUGGGGAAGAAUGGUUCACUCCACUACCGUUCCGCUCCCGGAGGCCGGGGACAUUAACGCCAGUCUCUGCUGCCUCGUUGUGGGGCUGAUGAACCUCUCCGAGAGGCCGUCGACGGAGAACAUCUCCAUGGGCUCCCGGUCGCCCCCGGAGCCGGUCACGCCGACAGCGGAGGCCCCGGCGAGCCCGCCAGGCGUCGGCCUGCCCCUGCAGGUUUUCUUCUGCUUCGUCAUGGUCGCCAUCCUGCUGUUGGCCCUGCUGGGAAACAUGGUGGUGUGCUUGAUGGUGUACCAGAGGUCUGCCAUGCGCUCGGCCAUCAACAUCCUCUUGGCGAGCCUGGCGUUUGCCGACAUGAUGCUGGCCAUCCUGAACAUGCCCUUCGCUCUGGUUACCGUCGUGACCACACAGUGGAUUUUCGGGGACGUUUUCUGUCGCGUUUCGGCCAUGCUCUUUUGGUUCUUUGUGAUGGAGGGUGUGGCCAUACUGCUUAUAAUAAGCAUAGACCGCUUUCUUAUUAUUGUCCAGAAGCAAGAUAAGCUGAGCCCACAAAGAGCUAAAUUGCUCAUAGUGGUCACAUGGGGACUCUCUUUCAUUUUCUCUUUCCCCCUGGCAGUCGGUUCCCCUCCCUUACAGAUCCCCCCCAGGGCCCCUCAGUGUGUAUUUGGAUACAGCGUUGAGCCUGGUUACCACACCUACGUGUUGAUAAUAAUGCUCGCCUUCUUCUUCCUACCUUUCAUGGUCAUGCUGUACACGUUCAUGGGGAUCCUGAACACCAUCCGCCACAACGCCAUCCGCAUCCACAGCCACCCAGACAGCAUCUGUCUGAGUCAGGCCAGCAAACUGGGCCUGCUGAGCCUCCAGAGGCCCUUCCAAAUGAACAUAGACAUGAGCUUCAAGACCCGUGCCUUCACCACCAUCCUCGUCCUCUUCUCUGUGUUUACAGUGUGCUGGGCCCCCUUCACUGCCUACAGUUUGGUAGCGACCUUCAGUGACGGCUUCUACCACAAAGACAGCUUUUUUCAAAUCAGCACAUGGGUCCUGUGGUUGUGCUACCUCAAGUCAGCCCUCAACCCUCUCAUUUACUACUGGCGGAUCAAGAAGUUCCGCGACGCCUGCCUCGACCUGAUGCCCAAGUACUUCAAGUUCCUCCCUCAGCUGCCCGGCAACACGAAGAGGCGCAUACAGCCGAGCGCGGUGUAUGUGUGCGGAGAGCAUCGCUCGGUGGUCUAAAGGAAACACACCCUCAAGCACUGUUAAAAACAUCAUUUUACAUAGUGUACCUUGCCGUUCUGGACCUGUUUUGUUGUUUGGUGGCAUACUUCUAUGGGUUAUGUGCAAAAUCAGCACUGCAUUGAAAAGAAAAAACAAAAAGGCAAGGGGUUGAGUUGGUGGGGGGCCCAGUUGCUACAGGUACCAGUGAGAAAAUGAACUACAAUCCGGGAAGUUUUACUUUGUGUCAAACAUGUACCAACACAUUUGUUCACUGUGGUUUUUAUUAAGUUCAUUUGAUUUAAAAUAAAUUGUAAUGGGGCCCAACAGUACAUACUUGAAACCGUACUUAUGAUGUUCUACAAAACCCUUUUUAACAUUUUUUACUAAAGAAGCCAAAUGUGUCAAAUGUUAAACACAAACAGCCAAACAAGCACUUUGUUUAAAUAAAAUACAGCAUCAAAUUUGCUAAAUGUCAAUGUAAAACUGAAUUGUCAAUUUUUUUUGGGGAACCUUCGGACAAAUCUGAAGACGGUGGACUCAAUAUAAUCGUUGAGUUCAAAACCCAGCUCUACCUGAACGUUUCCUCAUCGUCCUUUUCUCCCGUCUUGACGACUGCGAAGUAAAUGGUAGAAAUGAACUGUUCUCAUUCCACCAUAAAUGAUUAGCGUCAACUCUUCUUUUUUUUUUGUUGCCGGACGCCGUUGCAUUUCCUUUUGUAAUGUGACCGUGUUCCCGUUGUAAUGCAAUGCUAAUGUCGGUCUGACUUCCCGUUGUCAUGGUUUCAACAACAACCCGGGUGUGUAUGAAGACUCUCAGUGGGUCACGGGGUCAUGAGUUUGCUCAAGGGCAACUGGACUUACUGUGUGGAAGGACUUUUUGCAUCCAAUCAAAGAGGCUUCAUCUCUGGGGAAAUUCACCUUCAUCUUCAUUUUUAUAAAAACUUGGUGGUGUAGACGCAGGACCAUGCGUGAUUUUCUUUUGAAGCAGGUCAUUUAGAAUGGAAGUUUCUAUUUAAUACAUUUGAAUCCUUUAGCUGGCCUUGUACCACCGUAAGUCCAGUUGCCUUUUGAGAGCGUGUGGAGACCUUUUCAAUUAUUUCAUUGUAUAUCAAGCUGAAGAGCAGCUGUUUGAUCUAAAAAAAACAGACCAAACAACGGGUACAUUUGCCUUUUUGAUUUAGUAAUUGUAGAUAAACGGCGGAGACGCCUCUUGAGUAGUAGGGCGUGAUAUUAAUACCAACUUUCCCUCCUUGUUUAAUGUUGUCAAAACACAAGCAACCAUACAAGAUCUUUGCCGAAAGCCACAUUUAUUUUUGAAAUCGGGAACUAUCUGGCCCAAGUCAAGAUUGCGAAAUUGGCCAAAUAUUUGACGCCAGCUUUUGAUGGUUGUCAGUUUUGAUUACUUGGCUCGACCGACGCAUUGCUCUCGCAACAAAAAGGUAUUUAAAUUGGAGCCGGCUCGAUAUCCGGGGGUCCAACGGCAGUGCUGAGACGUUUUCCAGCUGAGAGACACGACCCCGUUGAACUUGCUGUGUUGCUCUUCGAGUACAUUAGCUACGGCUCUUUCUCCACCUACUCAACACAAAGGACAAACGUCUUCUCUGAGGAUGAUGAUGGGAUGUCAUUCUGGGUCGUAAAAAUUCAAAGAAAACGUUUGAAGUGAAGUAGUCUUCUGAAGGAACCUGUAAAAGUAAAUGAAAACACUUUUAUUACUCCUGGAAUGCACUGAAAGGCACAUAUUGUGUGAGAGUAUAAAACGGGUGAAUCUUUCAUUGAAUGUUGUACUAAGAUGGCAGGCGCUGCUGGGUUUGACUUGUCUUUUCUUGCCACUGGAAUCACGAGUCUUGGGGGGGGGGGGUGGGGCUGUGUUUUUGCUGCGUAGAACUUGUUUUAUGAGGCAUGUAAAUGAAUAGCUUAAAUAGAAUUUGAAUAUGGUCAGAAAGAGUGGCCCCGACACAUUUGGACGUGUGUAUUUCUAUUUAAAUGUUUUGGAUGUGCCUAUUAAUUAGUCCAUUUGCCAGUCAGAAUGCUGCUAUAUCUGGUGAACAUGUGCAAUUUUUGUGUACUGUACUGUUGAAUGUAAUAAAGAAAUAGACAUUUCUUACCUUGGUAA